AUGAUAACAGAAAAUAUAAAUAAAUGGGCAGAAAAUAUUGAAAGGAAAUGUUUAAAAAUAAUUGAAAAAGGAAAAAGUGAUAGUAAAAUUACUGAACAAAAAGAAAUAAUUUAUAAAAUAUCUCUUUUAAUUACAUAUAAAUAUUUAGAAAAUUUUAUUGAAAAAAGAGAUGAAAAAUUUAAAGAAAAUUAUUUUAAAGCAUUUAUUUAUUUAAAAAAUUGGGCUAAAGAAAAUUGUAUUUAUGGAAAUAAAUUUGGGUUUUUGGAUGGAACAACAAUUUCUUUAAUGAUUAUGAAAGUAUUGUUGCUAUAUCCAGACACGAAUUUUGUUGAAUUAAUUGAAAGAUUCUUUUUAACAUAUUCUACUUGGUUAGGAUACUUAAUUUAAAAAAUUUAAAUUAUUAUGAGAGGUAGGUUGGGACAGAUGGAGGUGUCGAAAAUCGUGUGUUUUCCCCAAAUAUGGGAACUCAGAAAUUAUAAAAUAUUACCGGAAAUUAUAAGAAAAGAUGAUGAAAAUCAGGUGCCGGAACUCAGAUUUCCGACC